AUGGGUGCACGGAUGCCGACCAAUGCCCCCGGAAGUAUUUCAAGGGCCUGGGCAGUGAGAGAGACCCAAGCUGGUCAACUCCCCAAAGAACUAACCAUUUCCCAGAUGCCAUUCCCACCCACCCCCUCGGGCGAGAGCAGCUUCCACUCUGGCAACUGCCAUUGCGGUGCCGUACGGUUCAACUUCACGUUAUCCCCGCCCCUACAUGAAUAUCCCACCAAUAGCUGCAACUGUUCCAUCUGCACCAGGAACGGCUAUUUGCUCGUCUACCCAUUCAACAAGGAUUUCGUCAUCGAAAAGGGCGAUACACUCAAGGAUUAUCUCUUUGCCGGACACAGAUCGAAGCACCAAUUCUGCGGGGUGUGCGGAAAUAGUUGCUUCAUCCGUAUUCUAGAGGAGGGGGCACCACCAAUCUCUGCCGUCAAUGUAGGUCCAAUGGCCAAUAUGAAGUCCCAGCUACUGAUCCGAUUAGGUACGACUCCUUCAGGACAUUGA